AUGCCGGCACUGUCGAUGCUUUUAGAUAACCCAGCAUUUAAGAGAGGGAUCAAUAUCUCAUAUGCUAUUAUUUACGUUAGAUCUGUAGAGGAGCAUCGAAGGAAAAUGUCAAAUCAGAAACAAGGAGAGGAAGCUAUGGUCUCUAGCUUCAAUGACACUGGAUAUGAAGAGAAAGAGGAAGUAAGCAAGGAUGAACCCGGUUUUAGCCUUAAAAGCAUCCUUUGGCAUGGUGGGUCUGUGUAUGAUGCCUGGUUUAGUUGUGCUUCAAAUCAGGUUGCUCAGGUUCUGUUAACACUUCCGUACUCUUUCUCUCAAAUGGGGAUGCUUUCGGGCAUAAUUUUGCAGAUAUUUUAUGGUGUUCUUGGAAGUUGGACUGCUUACCUCAUCAGUGUUCUCUACGUUGAAUACCGAAGCAGAAAGGAGAAAGAAAAUGUCAACUUUAAGAAUCAUGUUAUACAGUGGUUUGAAGUGCUAGAUGGAUUACUGGGUCCAACUUGGAAAGCUGUAGGAUUGGCCUUCAACUGCACUUUUCUCCUGUUUGGUUCUGUGAUACAGCUUAUAGCCUGUGCAAGCAAUAUAUACUACAUAGAUGAUAAACUUGACAAGAGGACAUGGACUUAUAUUUUUGGAGCCUGCUGUGCCACGACUGUGUUCAUUCCUUCAUUUCACAACUAUAGAAUUUGGUCGUUUCUGGGACUUGGAAUGACCACCUACACUGCAUGGUAUAUGACUGUUGCAUCUCUUGCUCACGGCCAGGUUGAUGGGGUUACUCACUCGGGCCCAACAAGUGCAGUUCUUUAUCUCACAGGAGCCACCAAUAUCCUCUACACUUUUGGUGGGCAUGCUGUCACAGUGGAAAUUAUGCAUGCAAUGUGGAAGCCUCAAAAGUUCAAGUACAUAUAUCUACUUGCCACUCUUUAUGUGUUCACCUUAACACUUCCAUCUGCUGCUGCCACCUAUUGGGCCUUUGGCGAUCAACUCCUCAAUCAUUCAAAUGCUUUCUCCCUACUACCCCGCACCCCAUGGCGUGAUGCUGCUGUUAUCCUUAUGCUCAUCCAUCAGUUCAUAACAUUUGGAUUCGCUUGUACACCAUUGUAUUUUGUGUGGGAGAAAGUGAUUGGAAUGCAUGAUACGAAGAGCAUCCUGUUGAGGGCCUUAUGCCGGUUGCCUGUGGUCAUACCAAUAUGGUUCUUGGCAAUUAUAUUUCCUUUCUUUGGACCAAUUAACUCAGCUGUGGGGGCUCUUUUGGUCAGCUUCACCGUCUACAUCAUCCCUGCUGUAGCUCAUAUGCUCACUUAUCGAACUGCCUCCGCUCGACGGAAUGCAGCUGAGAAACCUCCUGCCUUCCUCCCAAGCUGGACAGCCAUGUACGUAUUGAAUGCAUUUAUAGUAGUAUGGAUACUUGUGGUCGGCUUUGGAUUGGGAGGGUGGGCUAGUAUGUCCAAUUUCAUCAAGCAAGUUGACACAUUUGGCCUUUUUGCCAAGUGCUACCAGUGCCCACCCUCGUCUGCUGCAAAAAACCAUUAA